UGCAAAGUCAAGAGCGUAUUUUUUGUGUAUUUUAAAAUCUAAUAUUUCGGAGGCAUUAUCAUGAGAUUAUUCUACUUUAAACGCAAAUAAACACAUUUCAGCAUAUUAUAGACGUGUUUUGUCAAUUAAAAUGUGGUGAUAACACAAUAGCCUAUUUAAUAUGAAUAUUUAUUUUUCUUUAUUGUGUCUAAUGACAAGAGUUAAAGUGAAUUAAUUUUCUCUUCAAUAAUGCAUUUACACGAUAAAAUUUUCCAGUGGUUAGGGCAUAUUAAACUCUCUCGAGUCAUAUUAAUGGUGUCUGUGAUAUUAUUCCUAGUUCCUCUAGUUACUCAUUAUUAUUUAUCUAAGUAUGAAUCAUCAUCAACGCUAGGAUUAAAUGCAAUGCAUAAUUUAGAUUCAUUAGCCGAUAUAUCAAGUGUAAACGCAGAUGACUUAAAACUUAGGAUAAAAGAAAUGUUAAGAAUUAAGGCAUCUGUGUCCACAGAACUGCGUGAAUUAGAGGAAAGACGGGGACGUCUACAGAAAGAAGCAGCAUUAGCAAGCGCAAAAGCUGAUAGUGUAAAGGCUGAAUAUGCUAGAGCGUCAGCGGAAUUACAGCGCUUGAGAGUGUCAGCCGAUCAAGCCAGGCUAGCACAGCUCGAAGCCAUUCGUCGGGAUUCCCCAGAAUUGGCCCCACCAGAUCAAAUAUUACCUUCUCGACCCCCCUCCACCCUUACCCCCUUAAAUCCUUCCUUAGAAAUUAAUUGCCGUAUGCACUCAUGUUUUGAUCACUCAAGGUGCUCCCUGACUUCUGGCUUUCCAAUUUACUUCUAUGACCCCGAUAUAUAUUCACCGUUGGCUAGUGCAGAGAUUGAUGGAUUCUUGAAAACGACAUUGCGACAGACUGUAAGUUAUAAUGCGCACUUGACACGAAACCCAAAUGAGGCCUGCUUAUAUCUGGUGCUUAUCGGGGAAGCAUUUCCAAACACCAAGACUGUAUCUACAGAGCCUUAUAAAAUGCUAAACGAAACUGCGAUAAAAUCCCUCCCAUUCUGGGGUGGUGAUGGCCGAAAUCAUGUUUUAUUAAACUUGGCCAGGCGAGAGUUAUCUGUUGGGUCUGGUGAUCCUUUCUUUGGAUCAUCUACAGGGAGAGCGAUAAUUGCCCAGUCGACGUUCACACUGGAUCGAUUUAGACCGGGAUAUGACGUCAUAACCCCUCCGGCUUUGGGACCGCCCGGUGGUGAUGUCUGGUCCGAAUGUGCCCCAAUGGCCCCAGCAAGGAGGAAAUAUCUUCUAAGUUUUCAGGGCUCACAUUCACCAGCGACCGCAACCAACAAAGACAACGACAAGCAAUUGGUUGAAUCACUCCAAAACAUUGCCAAAGCGGCAGCAUCUUCUGACGUGUUCUUCUUACAAUUCGAAUGCGAUCCGUCAGUUGAGAGACGAGCGACUCUGCCCAUUGGUGAUUGGGCGUUAUGCGGGACAGAUAGGUCCAGACGAGCGAUCCUUCGAGAUUCUACCUUUGUCUUGAUAUUGGCACCGUCCGACCAGAAGUACGCUUCCACAGCUCUUUUACAGGCGAGAUUGUAUGAAGCGUUGCGUUCUGGUGCUAUUCCAGUUAUACUAGGAGGAGACAGACUGAAUUUGCCAUAUGAUGAGGUCUUAGAUUGGCGUCGGGCGACGUUGUCUUUGCCUAAAGCGAGGUGUACGGAACUGCAUUUCUUGCUCCGAGCCUUAUCCGAUGCAGAUUUACUGGUAUUUAGGAGACAGGGACGCGUUCUCUGGGAGAGAUAUAUGAGUUCGUUGCAAGCGAGCGUCGAUACGUUGUUAGCAGUGAUAAGAACGCGUUUAAACAUCCCAGGGAGACCAGCUGUUGCAUCAGUGGGUAUGCCGGCGUUCAACGAGUCGUACUAUCCUUUGAAGAUGGAACCUCCAGCUGUUGACUCCGAGCCGGAGGAGACCUUAGGGCCCCUAGAAGCGCCCUACCCCAGUCCAGCAUACAGACGGAAUUAUUCCCUAAUUCUACUGCACGGUUAUGAGAUGUGGAAUGAUUGGGGGGAGCCGUUCUCGAUUUACCCCCAACUGCCCUGGGAUCCUCCGGUGACGUCUGAAGCGAGGUUUUUGGGGUCGGCAGCUGGGUUUAGACCGGUCGGGGCUGGGGCUGGUGGUUCAGGGAAGGAAUUUAGUGAGGCACUAGGUGGUGAUAGGCCGAGGGAACAGUUCACAAUAGUGAUAUUGACGUAUGAAAGAGAGGCGGUGUUGGCAGCAGCACUGGCGAGGUUAAGGGGGCUGCCGUAUUUGAAUAAGGUGGUUGUAGUGUGGAAUGGUGUGACCGGCCCCUCUCCAUCAAUGACCUGGCCAGAAUCCGGGGCUCCGGUGGCGGUAGUUCGAACACCGCGGAACUCUUUGAACAAUCGUUUCCUUCCAUAUCACCUCAUUGAGACUGAGGCUGUAUUGUGUGUUGAUGACGACGCCCAUUUACGACAUGACGAAAUUGUUUUCGCUUUCAGAGUGUGGCGUGAACAUCGCGACCGGAUCGUUGGUUUUCCUGGACGAUACCACGCUUGGGAUAUGAACUUUAACAACGGGUUCCUCUACAAUUCUAAUUACAGCUGUGAGCUCAGCAUGGUUUUAACUGGAGCGGCCUUCGUCCACCGGUACUACCUCUGGGCCUAUUGGCGUGUACUCCCUUCAGCGGUGAGGGACUAUGUGGAUGAAUAUAUGAAUUGCGAAGACAUCGCUAUGAACUUUUUGGUGGCGCACAUCACCAGAAAACCACCCGUUAAGGUGACGUCGCGAUGGACCUUCCGCUGUCCCGGAUGUCCGGUCACGCUGUCGGCUGACGAAACACACUUCCACGAAAGGCAUAAAUGCAUACAAUUCUUUUCCCAGGUGAUGGGCUAUACUCCACUUCUCUCGACACAGUUUAGGGCGGACUCAGUUCUAUUCAAAACACGAAUACCUCACGAUAAGCAAAAGUGCUUUAAGUUUAUAUAAAAUCUUUUGGAACCAAUAUUAAGCUCUAAAAUAUACAAUGUAAACUCUUUAUAACGAUAUUUAAGAUACUGCAUUUAUGGCGUUAUAGAGAGGUAAAUGGAGAGAAGAAAGAGUAUAGAUAAUCUUUGACUCCUACUUAUUAGUCAACAACAAUCUACACGUGGUAGCAAUCCCAAUUUGUAAACAAAAGAACAAAUUUCUUAGAAAGUUCGAAUGCAUGAUGCCGACAGUCGAGUUUAUUGCGGGGUUGGAUAAUAAAGCAACAUAAGACCGUACACAACUGCGCAGUUUUUACUAAUUUUAGCAACUUAAAAUGUACUUUAUUACUCAAUUGUUGUCGUUAUUGCGAGUGGGUGUAAUGCUAUGCAGAGUGUAUCAUUGUUUGGAGGACAAGUUAAACCAAGAAAAACAAACGAUUUCGACGCUUUUUGUCGUUAAAUCGAGUUUACACUGUAUUUAUUUAUAUUUUGACAGUAUUUUUAAAAACUUUCAGUUUUUUUAGUGACCAUUGAACCCAUACAAAUUUGUUUUUGAUUCUGUUAAGGCUUUAAAAAUUCAUAAUUUUUAAUAAAAAUAAUGAGACACGCCAAAACACAAGACAAUAUGGCGUCGAAGCGCGUGACAUAUAGUACAAUGCUUGUACAGUGUCACAUACGUUUCAUUGCCGGUAAGAAUGACGCUGUAUAUUAUAUAUCAGUAUUGCCAGUAUAUAAAAAUUUACCAUGCAGGCUAACUUAAUAAUUCAUUGAAAUAUCUUAUAAG